AGGCGUAAAGUGCUUAUCGCUUGGACCAAGAGGAAACAGACAUCAGGUGCACAGCAGAUCUCGCUCAGUACCAACCAGCAGCAUGCCAACACACGCGAAAGAAGCGUUGCUCAUUCUAUCAUCAAUCGCUGUAAUCUCAGUUCUCGCACCAGAAGAGGUAGCAGCUCUGACUGACCAGGACAUCCUAAACGAGAGCGAAAAAUCGAUCCCACCAACCGCAGUGCUUCCCAGAGCUAAGAGGACAGUAGGCUGCUUCGAUACCACGACGUCAAACGGAAACCUUUGUUAUAACGCCCAGUGUCCAUUUUUCUCCAUGGGGGCCUGCAAGGACGGCUUGUGUGUAUGCGCACCGAAAGGAAAGAACAUGGCUGCAAUCAGAGAGGUGUGCUACGACAGCUGCUACGCAAGUUGCACGCAGAGUUGUUCCAUGGACGACUCUAUAAGGGCAAGCCUGAAAUCGCCCUGCGACACUCAGUGCACCAAACUAUGCUAUGACGAUUAGCAAGUGCUGUAAAGGCUACCAACGAAAGCAUGGUUCGAACUGCAAAAUAAACUUUGAGAAGCAUAAAAAAGCCACAGGCACAGAAACGUUUCAUUAUUGUUUUUACUAGACGCGAUAAUGAAAUCCAAAUUUACAGUAUUAAACUAAAGCAGGGACAUACGUUUAGAGCAACAUACGAAAAGCCCCAUGUGAUAUGAUAAAAGAAAAUCAGCCAAGGCUAUCGCAAGGGCUUGCGGAUAUUGUAAAAAGCAAAAUAUGCGAAAACGCGUCAGCAAAAUACAGUGUGCGAAGAAGAAAACUAUACUACCAAAUUUAAACAACAGAAAUGCACUAUUAAUAACACGUGGGCGAAUUUAAGAAACAAACGGUCAUAAUGACACGACCUUUAUUACAGUAUUUUUCUUUAUGCACACAGCAUAACUGAGAAACGUUUCUGAUGUCGUGCCUCUUGCAUUCAAUAACGACCUGCGCAUAUUGCUCUUAGCCAACAAAUGCCUUUUAAUCUCUUCAAUACGCAAAGCAGCAGUGCUGCCGCAAAUAUGUGUUUCUUUUUUUUCAUGAAGUGUAUUGAAAGGCGCCGAUGUUGAUUUUAAUAAAAACGUGCGA